ACACACACAUACACACGCCUGCCCCUACAGUAAGUGAAAGUGAAACUUAAGUCACAGCAGAGGCCCGCAGGAGAAAAGAGACACGGACAACGUCGUCUGGUUGAAACAUUUUACUCUUCGCUGAUUUCUCUUCUAAAAAGAUAGACAUGUUCAACAGCAGGAGAAUUGCCAUCCUGGGAAAAACUGGAGUUGGAAAAAGCAGCCUUGCUAACACCAUAUUUGGAGAGCAACUGUUCAAGAUCGGACACACUGCCAACUCUGAAACCAAUAUAUGUCAAGCCCAAACUAGAUGUGUCAAUGGAGGAAACAUCACUUUGAUUGACAGUCCUGGCUUCUUCGACACAGACCGAUCUGAGAAGGAGCUGAAGUCUGAAAUAUUGAAAUGCAUCACCGAGUUCGCUCCUGGGCCUCAUGCCUUUCUCAUUGUGCUUAAAGUGGAGAGAUUCACAAAGCAGGAGCAGGAUGUCAUCAAAAAUAUGAAUCAAUACUUUUCUGAAGAAUUCUUCAAGUUUGCGAUAGUUCUCUUUAGUCAUGGUGACCAGCUCCUUGAAGGACAGACCAUUGAGCAAUUUGUCCAUGAUAAUACGCUUGUGAGGGAUCUGGUGACAAAGUGUGGAGGCCGGUGCCACGUCAUCGAUAAUAGACACUGGAAGACCAACCAGCAGGACGAAUACAGGAGCAACCAGUUCCAAGUGAAGAAGCUCCUCAAGACAGUAGAUGGGAUGAUUCAGGCAAACGAUGGAAGAUGGUACACCAAUGAGAUGCUACAAGCAGUGGAGAAAAGAAUAAUGCAGGAGGUGCAAAAGAUUAGAAAGUCACCAGGAAACAUGUCAGAGGAAAAGAUCAGAGAGAAGGCUAAAAGCAACGUACUUAAGGGGGUUGUUAUCAGUUUGGCCGCUUUUACAGCAGUUGCAUUGUUGGGAGUUCUUUUUUGUGUAGGGGGGCCGGCCAGCGCUGCUGUUACAGCGGCAGUGCUUGUAUGAGGUGCAGCAGCAGCAGGUGUAAGAGCAAUUACUGGUGGAAAGUCAUAAUUGCUCUAAUCUGUAGUGGAAGCGGUGGCAGGAGGUGCUGCAGGAUAUUGUGCAGCUGAGGGAGAAGACGACACACCAUUGGAAGCAGCAGAGAGGGCAAGAAAGGUCGUCAUUGAUGGAAGCAAAUCUAAACAAUAGAGUUUAAACCUAUAAUGAGCUAAAACUCUUGAAGAGUUAGUUAAAAAGUCAUAUCUCCCAAUAAAUUGCAUGCAAAUCUUUUUCUAAAUAAUAUGUAACCACAGAGUAUUAUGGUUAAUCAUUAGAACUAUGUAAUAUGUCUUAAAGUGUAAUUUACUUAUUAUUCAUAAGAUUCAUCGUCAUUUAAGUUUCUUUUUUUUUGAUGAGUUCUGAUUUCUUUCUUUUUAUUGAGCUAAGAGUGUUUUGGUUUCAUAUAUCACUUUAUUCUUCACAUAUAAUCUCAUAUUAUUUAGUGGAAAUUGAAUGACAGCCUCAAUGUGUUUUUCUUUCAUACAUCAAUAUGUAAUAACAUGUUCUUCUUUGUUUACUGAAUGGUAAGAAGAAGUAAAUAAGUGAACUCUUGUUUCACCUGAUAAUUUUGAAGGUCUUAUUGGAAAUGUAGACUUUUGACAUCUUGUCUUUUCUUUUUUUUUUUUUUUUUACUUUACCUUUUUACAUUCUUCAUCUUUGUAACCAUUUAUCUUCCUAUAUAUGCAACAACAACAAAUAAAACUGGUUUGUAUUCUGUACAUUCCAACCAAA